UCACGACCAACAUCACCGCACCGGCAAUAUAUCUCCAUCCGCUUACCCACCAGCCCUUGCUCAGCACACUGUCGUAUUUCUCCUUGUUGCUUAAGAUUAGAACCAGACUACAUUACUAUCAUGGCCGACCGCUAUUCGUUUUCUUUGACAACAUUCUCCCCAAGCGGGAAGCUCGUUCAGAUCGAGUAUGCCUUAAAUGCUGUGAACCAGGGCGUAACGGCCUUGGGAAUUAAGGCUACCAAUGGAGUCGUCCUUGCCACGGAGAAAAAGUCCUCAUCACCUCUUAUCGAUUCCUCGUCCCUCUCUAAGAUCUCUUUAAUCACUCCAGACAUUGGCAUGGUAUACUCAGGCAUGGGACCUGACUAUAGAGUGCUCGUGGACAAGGCCCGCAAGACGUCUCACACCGCGUAUAAGCGUAUCUACAACGAAUACCCGCCGACGAGAAUACUGGUGCAAGACGUUGCACGCGUUGUUCAAGAAGCCACUCAGUCCGGUGGUGUGAGGCCUUAUGGGGUCAGUCUUCUCAUUGCAGGAUGGGAUGAGGGUAUUGAACCAGAGACACCAGAAGCCCAGAGCGGCGAAACAGAUGCAGAGAAGAAGAAGGCUUCAGGUAAAACCGGCGGCAUCCUGAAAGGCGGCCCCAGUUUAUACCAAGUAGAUCCUAGCGGAAGUUAUUUCCCCUGGAAAGCUACAGCAAUUGGCAAGAGCGCAACUUCGGCGAAAACCUUUCUUGAAAAGAGGUAUACGGAAGGAUUGGAGCUGGAGGAUGCGGUUCAUAUCGCAUUACUCACCCUCAAAGAGACCAUUGAAGGUGAAAUGAACGGUGAUACCAUUGAAAUCGGUAUUGUCGGACCGCCGGCCGAUCAUCUGCUUGGUUUUGAAGGUGUAGAGGGCGCUCGGGGACCAAGAUUCCGGAAGUUGACGAAGGAGGAAAUUGAAGACUACCUGACCAAUCUAUGAUAGACGUUCCUAAUGACCUUUCCAUUUGAGCUUCGUUCCUCAGGGUCUUGUAAUGAUAGAUCUAGGUGUUUGGGGGAAAUCAAACGCGGGAAUAUACCAUUCACGUUUUUAUUGCGAAGAAAAUUAAGCCGACUUGCUACAGUUAUUGCGAAGCAAAUUUUGAUGAGACCGCGAUCAUAGUUCAUAGAGCUAUCGGUGUCGUCCGAAAGUCAAAAGUGUGCCCUUACGGUUUCAGCUUCGACAAAUAGACGGAAUACUCAAAG